GUGAAUUUGCAUUAUCAUGUCAAGGCCUGUUGAGAGAAUAGCAGAGAUCAAUGAUGGAAAAGAGCUUUGGAAGAUUGUUGUUAGGAUUCACCACCGAUGGAAAGUUGUCUCCAACAGCAAGGAACAUUUUGAAAUGAUCUUUGUUGACAAAUUGGGAGAUGAUAUUCAUGCUGUUGUUCCAGCACCGCAUGUGUCGGUUUUCACCGAAAAAUGCUUAUUAGGCCAUACUUAUACUGUAUCUAAUUUUAAGGUGGUGCCUUAUGUUCUGGCCUUCAGGGCAUCGGGACACAGAUAUUUGAUAAAGUUUACUGCUGGAACGUCUGUUCUUGAUGAAGACAAACAUGAGAUACCCCCGAAAUCGAUUUUAUUUACAACCGUGUGA